AAUUAGUUACGGAUAGUACUAAUAUUAAAAUUUACGUUAAUUAGAUGAUCAUAUGCACUUAGUAAACUAAUAAACAAAAACAAUAAAUAUAAUUUGAAUCAAUUUGAAUAAUACUAUGUAAUGUCUCAUGGUUUAGUAAAUAUAAAACAAAUUGCUUUUGCGAUAUAUAGGGUUAAGUGCAACUAAUUUGACACUAAUUUGUGAACAAGCGUGGCAGUUUAGUUAUAAAACGAGGCUUAUACAGUUGUUUUGUAACAUAUUUGCAACUACAAAAUUUAUUGUCAUUGCUCUAUAGUUGCAAAGUUUUUACUCUAAUAUAUAUAUAUAUAUAUGAAUAAUCUUAAUUAUUCAAAUAUAAUUACUAAUAGUCUAAUAAACCAAAUAAAAUCUAUAUUGCUUAACAAGUUUGAGUUUAUUUUAUAAAAUCCAGAGAUCCACAAAUUCACAAGAAAUAAAUAUUACUAAUUUCAUAAUAAUAUAAUAGCAAAUAUUAUAAUAUGUUACAACUUUUUCUUAAAAAGGCUCCAAAAUAAUAGCAAAAUAUUUUUCUUAAUAUUAUAGUUUAUUUUACAUAAUAAAAUCAACCAUAAUUCAUUAGAAACACUCCAAAAUAAUAGGAUAUUUAUUAUAAUUUGUUACUAAUUUGCAACUAGUUGUUAGAAGUAGUUGCUCUUUGGUCUUACAAAUUUGGCUCCAAAAAUUUAUCCCUAAAUUUUGGCUAAUUCACAUUAACCCGCCUAAUGUUUUGAGAGUAAAUAUUUUACCCACCCUAAUACGACUACGUUUAAUACAUUUAUAUUAACAAACCCUUAAUCAACGCCCCUUUCUUCUAACCUAAUCUCUACUCACACAAAGGUCACGAUGUCUGGAAUUGGUAGAUCAGUGAAAGGUCGCGGUGGUGGUCGUGGUGCGAGUCGCGGUGGUGGUCGUGGUGCCACUCGUGGUGCGAGUCAAGCUGGUGGCGUUUGUAGCUCUUCCAGAAGAAUUUACUUCGCCUCGAACCCUAGCACUUCUAAUUCAAGAGACUCCGUGUCUGCCCCGGAGAAUUCACCGCCGUCAGAGACUCUGCAUCAGUCCCCACCCGUGUCUGCUUCUUCACCGACUCGUGAUGGUUCUUCUUCCCCGACGGAACAGCACCCGCAUCAAACUCAAAACCCACAUCCUCCUCCCCCUCAAAAUCCGAUGACUUUGGAUGACCUGCUUGCAAUUCCUGGACGUGAAAACCAUCUUCCAGUCUUAUCUCUAGUUCCAAAAGAGGGAAGUACUUGGUUUGAUCGUGAUGGUGGGAAGCUGACUCGAAAAAUCUCAAAGCUCUUGUGGUGAUAGUUCUUACAUUCCUGAGCUUUCACCAGCUGAAAUGAAUGAGAUCUUUCUUGAGACUACUACUUUGGAUAUGAGAGGACAUGAGUAUGGACUUGGUAGCCUUCUUCCACUAUAUGGCAACAAAAAGAGAAAAGGAGGUCCUGGAACUUCAACUUCUUCUGCAUUUUCACACUUGCAACAACAACUUGAAGCUUCUCAACGUCUAAUUGAAGAGCAAGCAGCGGCAAAUACUCGACGUGAUGCUGAAACCGCAGCAGCCAAUGCUCGACGUGAUGCUGAAACAGCAGCUCGAGAUGCAGAGCAUCAAAGCCAGAUCAAUACUUUGAAGAUGCUGCUCACCUAUAUGCAAGGUAAAGACCCAUCAUUCUCGGAGUUUAUGAUUGCAGCGUCUGCAUCUGCGACAACUACUCAUAUGCCAUAAGUAGUUAAUAAGUUCUUUUUUGGUUGGCAAAGAUAAGUAGUUUAUGAUUUAUUUUUUUGGUUGCCAAUGAUAAGUAGUUCAUAACUCUUUUUUGGGUUGGCAAAGAUAAGUAGUUGCCAUUUGUAUAAAACAAAAAUCUUAAGUAUUUUGUAUUUUAAAGUUUAAGGAAUUCAAUGGAUGUUCCAAAAUUA